AUGUCGUCAUCUACUCCCUUUGACCCAUAUGCUCUAUCCGAGCACGAUGAAGAACGGCCUCAGAAUGUGCAGUCUAAGUCCAGGACUGCUGAACUACAAGCCGAAAUCGAUGAUACCGUGGGGAUAAUGAGAGAUAACAUAAACAAAGUGGCAGAAAGAGGUGAAAGAUUAACGUCCAUUGAGGAUAAAGCCGAUAACCUAGCGGUCUCUGCUCAAGGUUUCAAGAGGGGUGCCAAUAGGGUGAGGAAAGCCAUGUGGUACAAGGAUCUGAAGAUGAAGAUGUGUCUGGCUUUAGUAAUCAUUAUAUUGCUUGUUGUAAUCAUCGUGCCCAUUGCUGUUCACUUUAGUCGAUAG